UAACUAACACAUCAACUCAAAGAAUAUUUUGACUUCUUCUGUUGCCUUACAGGGACCGACUUCACAUUGGCAAUUAAGUGCUCCGCUCAUUUCAUUUUCGCACCAAAGCCUGUUCCUCUUGGUUUUAUAUGUACCAUCCGCACACGGUAUGACUUUGUAGCAUAGGAUGAAUACGAUUUGGUGACGCCAAAAGCUUGAGAGCGCUGUUGUUCGGAAGACUUGUCGCGGAUCACACAAGCGGGGUGAACGGAACGGACGCGCGCACACACACACACACACACACACACACACACACACAGAGCGUGUCUGUCUUGACCUCGGUUGAACCCUGACUGAGUCGCCGAACGUGAACAACUCGUCCAACAACAACUUGGAGAACUUGCCUUUAGCGAGGGCGUCAAAGGUUAGACGAGCUUGAGCAAGGAUGCACGCGAGGUAUGUGCAGCCAGUGAUUGGGCUGAAGCUCUGCGUCUUCAGUUGACGUUUCAAUACGUUACUGCACACUCGACUGUGACGUCGCCGUCAUGGAGGAGGAGGAGGCCGGCGUGUAACGUCCAACCAAGUGAGUGACCUGUGCCUCCUCGUCCACUAGGCUUUCUAUUGUCUUGUCCGCAGAGUCGCUACUAGUUAGCAACCACGGCGUUAGCAUCACCAUCAGCUGGCGAGGCGACACUGGACCUUGCACUCUCGGUGUUCGAUUCGAGACACAAGCACACUUUGUUGAGGCGGAGCAGGAGGCAGAACUCGGCGUCUUGGCCGGCUCGAGGCUUUGUGGAGUUGGCAUGAUGUGGUUGUGUGAGCUAACGGUGACCACGCCGAUGCGAAGCGAGGAAUGUAGCUAGGCUGGAUGCAAACCCGGUGUGCUUGGUCGCUUCCUAAUUGCGUUAAUCCCAGCUACAUCGAUACAGACAAGAACGACUCGCGACCGCAGCAUCGUGUGAGACGUGUGUUUUGGGACACACAGCGGCUGAAUGUGCGUAUGGGUGGCCACCUCCCCUGCAGGCACGUUUAGCACCCCGGUCCGAUGGAGAAGAGGGACAGAAAGCCGGGAUAUUUUGCCAGGCUGAAGAGGCGGAGACAGCUCAAGCAGAGCCAAUUGGAGAAAACCGCCAACGAGCGCGGCGCGGCGGUCAUCGCCUGUCCGGAACUUCCAAAGGACAGCGAAGCCAACAAGAAGGCCAGCCUGCCGAGAACAACGACCGCAAAGACAGCUGCCGGCUCAGCCGAUGGCUGUAAGAGUAAUAACCCGGCGAAGAGGGAGAAGCGGAGACCGCCAGGGACAGUGGAGUUUAUCGCGGGACCGAAUGAUUCCCUCAACAGCAUCGCCCUCAACUUCAACGUCACCCCAAACAAGCUGGUCCAGCUCAACAAGCUCUUCUGUCACAGCGUCUACCCCGGUCAGAAGCUGUUUGUCCCUGACGUGAGCAGGACGGAAUUCAAGUCUCAGACUGACUCGGACCCGGCCCUCACGAACGGUCCCGCUGUGGAGACCACUCAAGACGGCAGUCCAAACCGCAGGUCAGCGCGGUCCAUCCGACGUCAGCUCUCCCCGAAUUCCGAGGACGACGGCCCGGCGACGGUGAAAUUCAUCAAAAUGAGCUGCAAGUACUUCACUGAUGGAAUGGGCGUGGUGGGCGGCGUCCUGAUCGUGACGCCCAACAACAUCAUGUUCGACCCGCACAAGUCGGACCCGCUGGUCAUCGAGCACGGCUGCGAGGAGUACGGCCUCAUCUGCCCCAUGGAGGAGGUGGUCUCCGUGGCGCUCUACGACGACGUGUCGCGCAUGAAGCUGAAGGACGCGCUGCCGUCCGACCUACCCCGGGAUCUGUGUCCUGUCUACAGGCCCGGCGAGUGGGAGCAGCUGCCCUCGGAGCGAGACCUGAACCCCUUCAGCCGCUACGAAGCGCCGGACGCCAAGCGGCCCGUCAUCCUGGACGACCUGGAGUCGGCCCUCUCGGAAACGGUCAGCACGGAAGGAGAGCAGACCGACAAGUCUCCCUCGGACGAAGGCUUCACUGAGCUGGAGCCCACCGUCAACGGGAGCGCGGAAGAAGCGGAGGGAACUUCCUCCAAAACGCCCGACGGCGCCCGUAGACCGCGAGGCGAGGGGGACGCCCGGGACAAGUCGGCGCUUUGCCCAACUGAAGGGAAGCCGGAUGACGACGAGGACGAAGGCUUGGCCCGGAACAGCUCCGUCGAAGACGGCGAGUCCGUCCGGUCGUCCUCGGAGACGGCCGGGCUGCGCGAAGAAGCGACGAGCAAAGAGGAGACUUCGGGAGUCGCGGAGCUCCGAAAGCGCGAGACGGCGACGCCGGACGGGUGGCGGCAGAGCUACGACGCCGAGGUCAAGUCGUGGCUGAUGGAGAGGAUUCAGGCUCCGAUCCAAGACAUGCUCUUCUCCUCCGAGGAGAAGAGCAGGAACCCGCCCAUGUUCCUCUGCUUCCGAGUGGGAAAACCAAUGAGGAAGUCCUUCGCCAGCGGGAUGACGUCCAGCCCGGCGCACUCCUUCGGAAGCGUGGGAAAGCAACCCGAGUACUGGUUUGCCGUGCCGCAGGAGAGAGUGGACCACCUGUACGCCUUUUUCGUCCAGUGGUCUCCCGACGUGUACGGCAAGGAGGCGCGGGAGCAGGGCUUCGUGGUGGUGGAGAAGGACGAGCUGGACAUGAUCGACAAUUUCUUCGGCGACCCCGCCUCGUGCAGCUGGGAGAUCAUCACAAUCGACGAGGCCAAGCGGCGGCAGAGUUUCGGCAGCUGCGACGGCGAACCGGCAGCGGACGGCCUGCCGAUAUUGAGCGACGGCAGCGAUCUGCUGCAGGACACGCACGUGGAGAAGCUGGCCUGCCGCCUGCCGGCCCGCGUGCAGGGUUACCCGUGGCGGCUGGCGUACAGCACCGUCAAGCACGGCACCAGCCUCAAGACGCUCUACCGGAACCUGCUCGACGUGGACGCUCCGGUCCUGCUGGUCGUCAAGGAUCUGGACCGCCAGAUCUUCGGGGCCUUCUCCACUCAUCCCUUCAAAAUAAGCGAGCACUGUUACGGCACCGGCGAGACCUUCCUCUACAGCUUCUGUCCCGAGAUCAAGGUGUACCGCUGGACGGGAGACAACUCGUACUUUGUCAAAGGCAAUAUUGACUCGCUGCAGAUGGGAGGAGGCGGCGGUCAACUGGGUCUGUGGCUGGACGCCGAGCUGUACCGGGGCACCACCACCAGAUGCGCCACCUUCGACAACCGGCCGCUCUCGGGCCGCCAGGACUUCAACAUCCACAGUCUGGAGGUGUGGACCUUCGAGUAGCUCCCGCCGCCUCGCAGACGUUUCCGCCUUCACCGACGUUUCGAGCACCGCCCGACGCGACGCUUCCGAGGUUCUGCGAGGCCCCGACCGCGGGCCGUUUGCCGUCGCUCUCUUUUCCUUAGCUGCGUGCUGACUGCCUUUGUGCCGCAGUGUUGUGAAGAAGAACAUGUGGAGCUUGUUGGAGGAGCAAGGUGCCCCCCCCCCCCCCCAGAGCUUUAGGUCAAACCAGUGUUUCCCUGUCCCUUUGUUUGGAAAAACUGCACGGCACAUCACCAAAUCGUCCCAAAAACAGCUUAUGUAGUGAAUCCCGGUUUACUACGUUUACGAAUCACGGCAAGUGAAAAAUUGAGACCAUAUAAAAAAACAUUUGUUAAAUGGGAUACUCCUCACAUUAGUGGUAGUUAUUAAGAAGUUUCAAAAGAAUAUGAAGUGGUGUCAAAGUGAAAUGAAUCCUUUUACUGUGGUUGGGAAUCACUGGGUUGAACUCAAGGCUGUUGUAUGAAUGUACAACUCGUAACUACUUAGCCAGUUUGUCCAUUUCAAGAAAACGGAAGCUGAGGUUUGUCCUUUUCACGUUGGAUUUGUUGAAUAAUUGUUUACAAAUUGUGCACUUGCUCUCAUUUUCAGUCUGACUGAGAGAGCCUGUUAACUUUAAUUUCACGUGUUCUUUGCGCCACAAUUUCUUUCGCCGACCAAAUAUUUUUCAUUUGCUCUAUUUUAUAUGAUUUCAAGUUGUUGUUUUUUUUUUACAUUUUGACGAGCAAUGCUAUUUUUUUACGCUUGUACUUUUAUAGUGCUUUACAAUAUAUUAUAUAUUUUGUGAGUGACGCAAGCUAACAAGCACUAUACAAAGAUUACAUCCCCCCUUCCCCCCCUUCCCGUUUAUGGUCAUCAAAGGCGUUUUAAAGACUGGAGAGGAGGAGAAUCAUUGGCUUGUCACUUUGCACUAGACGGGGAAUUAAAAGGCAUGUAAAGUACAUCAAUAAAUUAUUACUGCAAGUUGUCCCAACACCACUACAAAAAGGGAACCCGCUGAGUGUCGCUGCACUCUUCACAUACCACUAAACUACAUUUCAUGUGUAUCUGACAUUGCGCAUGGAUAUACUGUACAAUCAUAUAUGCUGUGCCAUAGCAAUGCCGAUUAUAGCGAGUCGUGUGUGUAAAUGAGCCAUUGUGUUGUAGUUGUUACUGUGAAUGCGCCCGAAGUAUUAACAUUUUUGUGAAUUCAAAACCGCUGUCUUCUGUGCUUGAGGAUCUAUUUAUUGUUGUUAAUUGCAACUACAUUUAAACAGGAAUAAAUGUUGCAUACAUAUAUAUACAUUUUCCAGUUGUGUUUGGUGUCACUUGUGAGUGCUAAACAUCGCCAGUGUGAAAUAUGUGUACAUUGUAAAACCAACACAUGCAGCAUUUUGUCUGAGGCAAAAUUCAGAAAGGAAACAUCAUUAUAAUCUUUAUUUUUUUUAAUCAAGAUCCACACUCCUUACCAGUUGGUGGCGGCAAUGCACCAAUACGUUAUUUGUCAACCAACCGCCAAAUAUAACGAACGACGAAAAAAAGAUGCAGCAUUAUUUGAGCGGAAUACUCUUGCAGACAGAGACGAUCUUUGUGUGCGGAUGACGUCACGGUAUCCAGGAAGGAAGGAAGCGAGAAGGUGCAAAAGUGGAACAAAAUGGCCACAAACAACACCGACACAAGCGGAGAUUAUUUGUGCACUUUCUGUAUGAUCGCCAGAGGUCAAGACCAAGAAGCUCAAGUUUUAAAAAAGAAUUGGAUUCCAUCAACCGCCGUACACGUCGAUAAGUCACCUCCACCUGCACGUUCUCGCCCCGGCCAGCAAGAUCGCAGGCAGCCUGAUGUUUAAAUUCAUACCCGGGACCGUGUCCUUCGUAGACG